GAACCCAAGCGCAGGCUACGCCGCGCUUCUCGAAAGAAUUUCCUCCCACGCGACCUUUCAGUGUUCGGGGCCAAGUUAGGGGUUUGGGGAAGGAGCGCCUGAGAGCGCCAGCCUAGGGCCCAGCAGCCGCAGCCAGUGGAGCGCUCACGACGGCCGGCCGAGUGGCUCCCUCGCCUCCACCUGUAAUGCAGGAGGGAGCACUGGCCAGUUCUCCUGUGAGCCCCGAGGCAGCCACACCAUCCCCAGGCACCCAGGCCCAAGCCAGAUGUGCCUCUCGAGUGAACCUGCUGGGCGAGGGGGGAAUCUGCAAGCUGCCAGGAAGACUCCGCAUCCAGCCGGCGCUCUGGAGCAGGGAGGAUGUGCUGCACUGGCUGCGCUGGGCCGAGCAGGAGUACGCUCUGCAGCGCACCGGGGAGCACGGGUUCGAGAUGAACGGCCGCGCCCUCUGCAUCCUCACCAAGGAUGACUUCCGGCUCCGCGCGCCAGGUUCAGGUGACGUCCUGUAUGAGCUGCUCCAGUACAUCAAGACCCAGCGGCGAGCCCUGGUGUGUGGGCCCUUUUUCGGAGGGGCCUUCAGGCAGAAGAUACCCCCUCGGCACUGCCCCUGCCCCCUGGAAGAGGGGACCGGGCCUUCUCAGGUGGCCCCCCAAAGGGACCUCCUGCAGCAGCCACCAGACCUGGGGCUUGCCAGCUCCUUGAGCCACCUGGAUGCCCCUGGCCUGGCCAGCUGGCCCCUCGGCACGGAGGAGUCCCUCAACCUACCUCACUGUGUGGAGCUCGGCUGCAGGGCUGAGGGGGCCUGCCCCUGCCCCCCAGUGCCGCAGGCCCCCAUCGACGGCAAGAUUGCAGACUGCCGGCUGCUGUGGGAUUACGUGUACCAGCUGCUCUCUGACACCAGGUACGAGCCCUACAUCAGGUGGGAAGACAAGGACGCCAAGAUCUUCCGAGUUGUGGAUCCAAAUGGGCUCGCCAGACUUUGGGGAAACCACAAGAACCGGGUGAACAUGACCUACGAGAAGAUGUCCCGUGCCCUGCGCCACUACUAUAAGCUGAACAUCAUUAAGAAGGAACCGGGGCAGAAACUCCUGUUCAGAUUUCUGAAGACACCUGGGAAGAUCAUCCGGGACAAGGGCAGCCGCCUGGAGGAGCUGGAGAGCCAGGAGCAGGACAGGCUGGAUUUCAAGGAGAAGAUUCAGGAAGUCUCUCCAUGAGGAGCACGUGGACUCCGGGCACCAGGCACCGAUGGGGCAGAGACUGAGUCUCCCAUGACGGCAGCUGGCUGCGCGGCGCCUCCUCCCUCCUCCCAGGGCAGCUGGGUUUUGUACUUGUGGGAUCACAGCUGUUGUCUCGGACCUCAGAGCUGCCUGGGGACCCGGGAGGGCUGAGAACUGGGAGGCCCCACAUCCAGGACACUAUGGGGGGCAUCAUUCUUUGCGCAGCCUUGGGGUAAGUGGGGACACAGGGAGUGAGCUCUCUCCCUGCCCUGCCCCUCGGUACCUGCCUAGCUUGGGAGAGACAGCCGGGCGCUGAGAGAGAUCCAGCACAACUCCUUCAGCUUCCAGAGGAGGGAAGCAGAGGUCCCUCGCUGAGCCUCAGCUUUCUUCAUCUGUAAAAGGGGCAUGCUCAGGAAAUGCGCCCUCAGGGGGCUGAUGCAUGAAAUGGAAAAAAGAACGACUGCUUUGUCAACCUCGGUACUAAUAGCAACAACGAUACCUGACGUUGAGGUGCUGGCUGUGUGCCUGGCCUGGUGCUAAGGGUCCUGCCUAGAUUUUCUCUCAUUCAGUUCACACACCAGCCCCCUGAGAUUUAAAGAUGAGGAAGUGGAGGCAGAGGGUUGCAGAGCCGGGCGCCUCUCCACAACCCAGUGAUGUCACCUGUUUUCUGUCAGUGCCUCAGAAUGUAUCAGGCGCUUCUCAUCAGAGGCCACGGCCCCAGCUCUCUGCCCUCAGCGUCUUUGCUGAACAGUUCCUUUCCCUUGGCCCAACCCCCUUGUCCUCAGUUUUCAGUCCUUUGGUGACUCUGUGGCUAUGACCCAGUGAAGAUUGCCCCUCCCCCGCGUGGCUCCCUAUGCUCGCAUACCCGUAUCUGCAACGUGACCUUGGGCAGCUGUUACACUCUCCGGAGCCUCAGGUUUCUCAUCUGUGAAAUGGGGAUGCUACUCCCGACCUGAUCUCACAGGAUUGCCAGAAAACUUCCCUAACACAAUGUUUGUGAGGUGCUCUGUGAGGAGCACUUAAUCUGUGUUAGCUAAGAAAACUCUGCAAACCAAAAACUGCUCUAAAGCAUGAGCGUGCCUCUGUCCUGUUAGUUCAGCUUCUCCCCUCUGCUCCCCAACCCCCAGUGCUGGCCAGGGCCUCUGAGGGCCAGAGCCUCUGCCCUGCAGCCUCCCAGGGAGGUGGGGGGAGCGAGGGAAGGGGGUGCUAUCACUGAAUCGAAAACAGAACUUCUUGGAUUCGCAUCUUCUUUCUUGGAGGGAGGAAACCACCUCUGCCUCUCCCCUCCAGCGAGUCAGGAAACCCCCCGUGUGGUGAGCCUGAGCUGGCCAUGAGUCACUGACGGGAGAAGCUGAUAAGGGUCUUGGACUUUGGGACUCAAAGCUGUGACCGCUCAUGAGCAGGGAAACUCCUGGCUUAGUCCUGCCUGGGGUUCUCUGCAGUUCCACCCCAGGAGGGGCCAGCCAGGUGGCCUUGGCAAAAAGGGUCAAUAGGAAAAUCCUUGCCUCCGCUCAUCUCCCCUGGGACUGUUCCAUCCCUAACUUUGCUCUAGGAUGAACCCACACCCCAUAGCUUUUCUCAUGGUCCCCUGCCCAGAACUACAUAACUGGACUGGAGGACCGCCCAAAUCCACUUGCCCAGCCCUUUCUUUUAUAGAUAAGGCAACUGAGGCCAGAGAGGGGGAGUGACUUCCUCAAAGUCACACAGCCGGACUCAGCAUGCUAGCUUCUAAUGCUGCCAUGUUUCUUGUCUUGCAUCUUGCUCAUGGGUCCAAGAUGUGGAGGUUUAAACAAGACGAUGGUGUCGUAAGUCACUUCUUUAGGUUACAAUGUUGGCAUUUGCCUGCUGCUGUGUUAAUAGUUGUCAAUCGCAGGGACUAUGUCUUCACCCAGCAGGAGACCUCUCUUUGGGCCAGGAAUGGGCCGUGGGCUCAGGCAGGGUCCACCGCCCCGGAUCCCAGAUCCUUGGACUCUCCACUCGGCCCUGGGCUGAGCUCCACCUUUCCCCACCUCCCUAGGCCCAUUAGGCCCUGGCCUGGGCUGGACACCUGGGUGCCAGGAAUAAAGGGAUUCAUUCAGCCCUUCCUUCCAUGCACAUUAAUCGGCACCUGCUGUGUACCUGGCACCAGGUGAGGCUCUGGGUUUAUAUCCACUUUACACAACUAGAUUCCUGAAAAGUGGUAGGUCGCUGAAAACUACAUAUGUCAAAAUGAACUUCCUCACAAUUUUAAAAAGCAGGAAAUGUAUUCUCAUGAUUUGAAAAAGUAGCCAACCAUGUCUUUCUUUUUUUGCCAGAUUAUAUUAAACUCACAAUAAAUAAUUUA